GAGGGAGUGAAAGGGGGAAUACGAUGAAGAGCGACUCCUUAUUUUUCCGAGGCCCCAUCCAUUAAGCCAGCACUUCGAAAGGAUUAAAGUGGUCGGACGUGGUGACAGCUGAGAGGAGGGGCUUUCUUUCCCGGUGGAGACCUUCCGCCUUCGGUUGGGUCUACGCAUCCCGCGUGCAUGUGGGCGCCCGCCGCGGCGCGGGGUGCGCGGUUCUGCGCGGGCGGUCUCAGCUGGGACCCGAGUGAAUGGCCCUCAGGGGCGGCGGGGGGCCUCAGCCUCCGCGGUCUCCGCAGGCCCGGGUCGGGCCUGGAAGGAUGCUGGCUAUGGGGGCGCUGGCAGGCUUCUGGGUCCUCAGCCUCCUCACCUAUGGCUACCUGUCCUGGGGCCAGAGGUUAGAGGACGAGGAGGAAGGGACCUUACUAACUCAAGCUGGAGAGAGACGAGAGCCCAUUACAACUGCCACCUCCCAGCCCCAUCUCAUUUUCAUCUUGGCGGAUGAUCAGGGAUUUAGAGAUGUGGGUUACCACGGAUCUGAGAUUAAAACGCCCACUCUUGACAAGCUCGCCGCCGAAGGAGUUAAACUGGAGAACUACUACGUCCAGCCUAUUUGCACACCGUCCAGGAGUCAGUUUAUUACUGGAAAGUAUCAGAUACACACCGGACUUCAACAUUCUAUCAUAAGACCCACUCAACCCAACUGCUUACCUCUGGACAAUGCAACCCUACCUCAAAAGCUGAAGGAGGUUGGAUAUUCAACGCAUAUGGUUGGAAAAUGGCAUUUGGGCUUUUACAAAAAAGAGUGCAUGCCCACCAAGAGAGGAUUUGAUACCUUUUUUGGUUCCCUUUUGGGAAGUGGCGAUUACUAUACACACUAUAAAUGUGACAGUCCUGGGAUGUGUGGCUAUGACUUGUACGAAAAUGACAAUGCUGCCUGGGACUAUGACAAUGGCAUCUAUUCCACACAGAUGUACACUCAGAGAGUCCAGCAAAUCUUGGCUUCCCAUAACCCCACAAAGCCUAUAUUUUUAUAUAUUGCCUACCAAGCUGUUCACUCACCACUGCAAGCCCCUGGCAGGUAUUUUGAACACUACCGAUCUAUUAUCAACAUAAACAGGCGGAGGUAUGCUGCCAUGCUUUCCUGCUUAGACGAAGCAAUCAACAAUGUGACCCUGGCUCUAAAGACAUAUGGCUUCUAUAACAACAGCAUUAUCAUUUACUCUUCAGAUAAUGGUGGCCAACCCACAGCAGGAGGAAGUAACUGGCCUCUCAGAGGUAGCAAAGGAACAUAUUGGGAAGGGGGGAUCCGGGCUGUUGGCUUUGUGCAUAGUCCACUUCUGAAAAACAAGGGGACGGUGUGUAAGGAACUUGUGCACAUCACCGACUGGUACCCCACUCUGAUUUCACUGGCUGAAGGACAGAUUGAUGAGGAUAUUCAACUAGAUGGCUAUGACAUCUGGGAGACCAUAAGUGAAGGCCUUCGUUCUCCCCGAAUGGAUAUUCUGCACAACAUUGACCCCAUUUACACCAAGGCGAAAAAUGGCUCCUGGGCAGCAGGCUAUGGGAUCUGGAACACCGCAAUCCAGUCAGCCAUCAGGGUGCAGCACUGGAAAUUGCUUACAGGAAAUCCUGGCUACAGCGAAUGGGUUCCCCCUCAGUCUUUUAGCAACCUGGGGCCAAACCGGUGGCACAAUGAACGGAUUACCUUGUCAACUGGCAAAAGUGUAUGGCUUUUCAACAUCACAGCUGACCCAUAUGAGAGGGUGGACCUAUCUCACAGGUAUCCUGGAAUCGUGAAGCAGCUUCUGCGGAGGCUCUCACAGUUCAACAAAACUGCAGUGCCAGUUAGGUAUCCCCCCAAAGACCCCAGAAGUAACCCUCGGCUCAAUGGAGGAGUCUGGGGACCAUGGUAUAAAGAGGAAAACAAGAAAAAGAAGCCAAGCAAAUGCAAGGCUGAGAAAAAGCCAAAGAAAAAUAAGAUAAAGAAGAAGAAACAGCAGAAAGCCGGCUCAGUUCCAAACUGCCAUUCAAGUGAUACUCGUGGAUAAGUACGAAUAAUUCUAGUUUGGUUAAACUUAAAUCAGUUCUUAUCUUUUGGCUGUUAUCUGGGAAAACCAGCACAUUUGGCUCAAUGAUAGCUGUGCCAUAAGCAUCAGGCUUAUUUUCAUGCUGUGCCACUCCAGAGACUUCUGCCACCUGGCCACCACAUGAAGACUGUUGCUGGUUGACAAAGGUGCUACCUCUUGUGAGCCAUGCUUAGAAGAGUAUGGUGAUGUUUAUUUCUCUUGCUUUUUUCUAAAAGGUGAUCAGUCAUGAGUUCAACUGCUGUGCUUCAGUCAAGUGACCAAACUCUAUGUUUUAAAUUAUAGGAGGGGAUUAUAACCCGCAAUCGACAAGCAUGCUAAUUUGAUGGAAUUUACAGGGUAGCAUGAGUAAAACUGCCUUUGAUAAAAUAUAGUCAAAGGUUGUAUCACCUCAAAGACCUUGAAGAAUAUAUUUUCUUAGUGAAUUUUUGUAUCUCUGUCAUAUGACACUUGGGUUUUUAAAUUCUAUUUCAUCCUUAUUCUUUCCUGUGAAAAUCAGCUGUUUUUCUCACAUGUGAACAGCUUGCACCUCAUUUUAUCACGCAUGAGGGAAUGGCAAAUAAUAAUGUUUGAGCACACUGCCAACAAUGAAUGUAACUAUUUCCUAAACACUUUAAUAGAAUAACAUGUCAGUAUAAAGUACCUAAUUUAUUUUUACAGAAAAAUAUUAAUUAUUUUGUUUUGAUAAAAAGUUAUGCAAAUGACUUAAUUAUUUUAUUUUUUAUUUUCUGCAUACCAUUAGAAGAAUUUUAUUUCAUUUUUUCAAGAUUACCAAGCACUGUAAUAUUACAAAUUACUGUAAUACUGAGUGAAUUUACUGAGACUGUAAAAAGAAAAUUAUUCAGAAAUCAUUACAAUCGUCAUUGUUCAACCUUUAUUUUGAAUGUAAUAAGAUGAAUAUAUUCCUUACAAAUUACUUGGAAGUUCAGUGUUUGUGCAGAGUUGAGAUGACUUUAUUGUUUCUAUCAUAAACUAUUUAUGUAUCUUAAUUAUUAAAAUGAUUUAUUUUAUGGCAAUAGCAAAUUGUGGUUUUUAUGAUAUAACUUUUAAAUAAAAUAAUAUUAUUCACCUUAACAAAAAGAAAUAUUUAUUAUUAG